GUGAGUGCAGCAUCUUUUUCCUGGGAAACAAACGGAAAAUCCCCCCCAAAAAAAGGAAUGAAAAUCCGUAAGCUUAUCGUCAGCCAACGCUCUACUCUCACUCACAGAAAACCGUUAUCAAACUUCCAAUUGGAAUCGAAACAAUGCCUCUCGUCGUACACGGAGGAGCCGGAGCUCGAAGGUUUUAGCCAGUUCAUCGAUUCCCUCAAAAACUACGAGAAAUCCGGCGUCCCUAAAGACGCCGGUACCGAUUCCGAUGAUGGGUUCGAUUUGGGCCGAAUGAAACGCCUUAUGACCCGACUUGGCAACCCGCUAUCCAACUUCAAGAGUGUUCAUAUUGCUGGGACAAAGGGAAAAGGAUCCACUGCAGCUUAUUUAUCGAACAUCUUACGCUCUGAAGGUUAUUCUGUUGGUUGUUAUACUAGUCCACAUAUGCUUAGUAUAAGAGAACGUAUGUCAGUAGGAAAAAUGGGGAAGCCAGUGUCUUCCAAUGCAUUGAAUUGCCUCUUCCAUAGUAUUAAACGAAGUCUCAACGAAGCUAUUGUGCUCGAAAAUGGAUGUCUUAGUCACUUCGAGGUUCUUACUGCGGUGGCAUUCGCUUUAUUUGCUCAAGAGAAUGUGGAUAUUGCAAUCAUAGAGGCUGGUUUAGGGGGUGCUAGGGACGCUACGAAUGUUAUUUCUAGUUCGGAACUUGAUGCGUCGAUCAUAACGACGAUAGGUGAGGAACAUUUGGCUGCGCUCGGGGGUUCUUUGGAAAGCAUUGCAAUGGCAAAAGCUGGAAUCAUUAAACAUGGUCGUCCAGUGAUUUUAGGCGGGCCUUUUCUUCCCCACAUUGAUCGCAUUCUUCGUGAUAGAGCAGCUUCAAUGUUUUCACCUAUUGUAUCAGCAUCUGAUGCUGGAGUUAGAACAUCCAUAAAAGGAAUUGGCAUGUUUAAGGGCAGACCUUCUCAAUGCUGUGACUUGGUGAUAGAACUUGACCAUGGCUCACAGUCGUCCAUUGAGUUACGUGAUCUAAACCUGUCGAUGCUUGGAACUCAUCAACUUCAAAAUGCAGUAACUGCAACAUGCGCGGCACUAUGCCUGCGCAACCAAGGAUGGAGAAUCUCGAACGGAUCUAUUAGGGCUGGCUUGGAGAAUACAUUCUUGCCAGGAAGAAGCCAAUUUCUGUCGUCCAAAGAAGCUGAGAAGUUAGGAUUAUCAGGAUCAACAGUAUUAGUCGAUGGAGCUCACACGAAAGACUCUGCAAAAGCUUUACUGGAAACAAUACAAACGACGUUUCCGGAUUCACGACUGGCUAUUGUUGUUGCUAUGGCUAGUGACAAAGACCAUUUAGCAUUUGCUAAAGAAUUCCUUUCAGGUAAACAACUAGAGGCAGUCUUCCUAACAGAAGCCGACAUAGCUGGUGGCACAUCACGGACGACCUCGGCAACCGCUUUAAGAGAUUGUUGGAUACAAGCUUCCAGAGAAUUGGGCAUUGAAGUUCUUCACGAUAGAAUGACACGGUAUAGAGAAUUGUUCGAGGACAACUUCAUUUCCUCGACAAGGGACUCGAAACAUGAAACCAUAGUUGCUGCCCAGAACUCGCUAUCGGAUUCCUUGAGGUUUGCUAAUCAAAUUCUUAGAGAAAGAACGAGGAACGAGCUAGGUAUUCUCGUGGUCACCGGAUCUCUGCAUAUUGUUUCGCUGGUAUUAGCUUCUCUUAAUAGGUAAUGGUAUUGGCUCAAUAAACUUUUUACUAGUCACACUUUGCUAUUGCUUUGCAUGCCAGAAUCAGAGAUUUGUUUGAGAGUUUUUUUUUUUUGUAUAAUCUCAUUAUGUAAUAAAUAUAUUUAUUAAAAUUUUAUAAUAAAAUUGAAAUGGUGAAGUUAAAUGUUUAGGUUCAA